AUGCUUUUAAGUUCAGACUUUUCACUUCUACUGCUGAAGAGUAAAAGAGUAAAACCCAAAUGCUUUAAAUCCACCCUUCUCUUCCGUGGGUUCUUUCUUUGCACCUUCGCUGUACCUAACAAGCAUUGCAACGAAGCGGCGACAUUCAUCUGGUUGGGCGUGAUCUCUUCCAGGGUCUUGCGAUGGCCGAGCCGCUGGAAGGUCUGGAAAACAGCCUGGCUAAGAGGCUGAGGGAGGAGGAGGAGCUGAGAAAGCAGGAAGAGAAUGGACACGACGCAAAAAGGUUCAAGGACAACGAGGAAGAGGUCAAGGACGAGACGAAGAAGUUCCCGAAGAAGAAAGUGGUGCUGUUGCUGGUGUAUUCUGGGAAAGGCUACCAUGGAAUGCAGCGCAAUGUGAAGAAUUCCCAGUACAGGACGAUCGAGGAUGAUUUAGUCUCAGCCCUCAUCCGGUCCGGAUGCAUCCCAGAAAACCACGGGGAAGACAUGAAGAAGAUGUCGUUUCAGAGAUGCGCCAGGACGGAUAAGGGCGUUUCUGCGGCUGGACAGAUAGUUUCCUUGAAAGUCUGGCUGAUUGAAGAUAUUUUACAGAAGAUUAAUGAGCAUCUUCCUUCUCAUAUAAGAAUUUUAGGGCUCAAAAGGGUGACAGGAAAGUUCAAUUCCAAGAACAGGUGUGAUGCCCGGACCUAUUCGUAUAUGCUGCCCACGUUCGCCUUUGCACACAAGGAUCACGCUCCUCAAGAUGAAACAUACCGCUUGAGCACAGAGACUCUGGAGGCCGUGAAUGACCUCCUGGGUUGCUACAAGGGCACUCACAACUUCCACAACUUCACCUCCCAGAAGGGGCCCAAGGAUCCGAGCGCCAAACGUUACAUCAUGGAAAUGUAUUGUGAAGAGCCCUUUGUGAGGAACGGCUUGGAGUUGGCAGUGGUGAAAGUGAAAGGACAGAGUUUUAUGAUGCACCAGAUCCGGAAGAUGAUCGGCUUGGUGAUCGCUAUCGUGAAGGGCUACGCCACAAAAUCCAUCAUGGAACAGAGCUGGGGAGAGGAGAAGGUGGACAUCCCCAAAGCUCCUGGACUGGGCCUGAUUUUGGAACGGGUCCACUUUGAGAGCUAUAAUCAACGUUUUGGGGACGAUGGACUCCAUGAAGCCCUGGAAUGGGCAGAAGAAGAGGAGAAGAUCACUGCUUUCAAAGAGCAGCACAUCUAUCCCACGAUUAUAAAUACAGAGAAAGAAGAAAAGUCCAUGAUGAACUGGCUGGAAACGCUCUCCAAUCAUCAGUUCGAUUCCACCAUGUCGAGGUUACAGGAAGACACUAGAGAUUCAAAGUCUGAUCCUGAAGGCAGUGAUGGAUGUGAAGACAACUCGGACUGAUGAUUUCAGCAGGUGGCCGAACCCAGGAAGACUUCGAUACCAUUGAUUCAAGUCACUAUGGCCAUGAACUCAAGCUUUUCUCGAUGAUGAUGGAUGUUCCUUACUCUCGAAAAUGGAGGAACUAGGAAAAGAAGAAGGGCAAAAAUGAUGUUCUUCAUUCUCUCUGCAGUAAUGGAAUGGGAGACAUGCUAGCUAGAACAAACAGUGCUUUAAUUAUGCUUGAUAAAAAAAAUAAUUUUUUAAAAAAAAGUUGGCUAAAUUAUGGCAUUUUGUUAAAAUAUGUCAGAGAAAAAUAAUUAUUUAUCGGACUCUUAUGGAUAAGUGCAAGCCAUUAAGAAUAUUGUUCCCUUUUUAUUUUUCAAGACAGACAAAAUUAAUUGUUCCUUUUUAAAGCUUUCUAUGACUAUCAGCUCAGCCAAGGAAUAAGGACUUCUGUGACUAUUUCUUCCUCUUGUAAAAACAAUAUUUUUUUAAAAUCUCUUAUUUCCAGUUUCUCAUAGACCAAAUAAUGUGGUUGAAACAAACUUCGUUGGAACACUUGACUUUCAUCUCCAUUUUUUUAAAAAACUCUCUAUUCAAGUUUUUUUUAAUGCUCCUUUUGAAAAGAAAAAUAAAGGCUUCUUAUGGCACGAGGUACAAGGUUUUA